AUGUGUCGCAAUAAAAAGGGUCUAAGUGACAGUGACCAGCACGAUAUAAAGCUCUGUGAUGCAAUUGUCGACUGCAUUCCUUGCGUGGCCAACAUAGUUCGUCGGUUGACUGAUGGCAUGUUCGCCAAUAUAAUGGGAUGCAAUCAACAGCUCUCCUUUGAUCGUGGAUGUCGAACAGCACAGCCACCGCCACCGCCAGAUGCAACGCGUGGCAAAAAGGUGGUGCAAGGAUCAAGAACUUCAACACUCAGUACCAUACCUUCUCUGGGCGAGAUUCAGUUCACUUCAAACGUUCUGCAGUUAUUCUUGUCAGCGGCCAUGAAACUUUGUUUCGCUUUGUUGAUGUUGGUGGCGACAACCCAGGCUGCAAGUCUUUCGUAUUUAGUUGCAACACCACGAUUGCGCUCAUAUCCUUACGUUUACGGCAGCCAUGCUACAUCGGUGAUUACGCCAGUCCAACAUCAGUAUCACACUCAGGACGAGUUGGGCCAGUAUGCCUACGGCUACAGCGAUCCUUUGUCUAGCAAGCAAGAGGUGCGUUCUUUAGAUGGUGUCACAAGGGGCUCCUAUUCAUACCGCGAUGCGGAGGGCAUACUGCAAACAGUUGACUAUACAGCCGAUGACUCGGGGUUUCAUGUCACAGCCACAAACUUACCGAAGCCGGUCCAACAGCUCCAAUCACAGCAACAAUUGCACACACCUGAGUCGUCAAUUUCCGAUUCAGUUUCCCCAGCUGCCGAUUCCACAAAUUCCCUUUCCCCAGAUACCACAAAUUCCAUUUCCUUCGAUACCGAUUCUGAAUCGAUUGCCGCAGCUGGUGCGACUGGUGAUGCAAUUUAUUCGCGGAGCGGGUUGCGCUUGGCAGAGUCUCCAACCCCUCACGCAAAACCUUUUUCAACUGCAGCCAAUGUUCGCUCUAUGGAAUUGUCUCAGUCCCUGGCGGAUACCCUUAAGGUGGCCUCCCCGCCCAGUGUUUUUGUAAGCUCUCAGCCACGAAAUGUCCUUGUGGCUACACCGUUGACGACGGUUGCCGGCAUCCCACUUGCUUCGAAGUCAUUGCUGCAGAAGGUAUAUGGAUUUGGCUAUCCCAUCAGUAAACGUUACAUAUACUAUUGA